UUUGGAGCAGAGAGAGGGGCGGACUGAAGAGCAACUCCCUGUGUGUCCACUUCUUCUUCUCCUCCUUCUCCUCCGCUCGCUGCAGCUUCACUUAUCAUCAUCUCUGGGUUGAUUUUUCCCCUCCUCGCUCUUUGUGGGUUUUUUUUUUACUCGUCUUACAACAUGGGCUCCGUGCUACCCGCCGACGCUUUGGCUCUAAAAUCUGGAUUUAAGUGCCCCAGUCGCUCGCUGUCGGACGUGAUCACAUCGGACAUCCUGCACAGUUUCCUGUACGGCAGGUGGAGGAACGUGCUGGGCGAACACCUGGCGGAGGAGCGGCAGGGUAGCACCGGCAGCAGCCCCAAGACCGCCUUUACCGCCGAAGUCUUGGCUCAGUCCUUCGCUGGAGAGGUGCAGAAGCUGUCCAGCCUGGUGCUGCCCAGUGAGGUGAUUAUCGCCCAGAGCUCGAUCCCCGGUGAGGGUCUGGGCAUCUUCUCGAAGACCUGGAUCAAAGCCGGCACCGAGAUGGGCCCCUUCACAGGGAGGCUCCUGUCCCCUGAACACGUGGACCUAUUCAAGAACAACAAUCUCAUGUGGGAGGUGUUCAACGAAGACGGCACAGUGCGUUAUUUCAUCGACGCCAGUCAGGAGGAUCAGCGCAGCUGGAUGACUUACAUCAAGUGUGCCCGGAAUGAGCAGGAGCAAAACCUGGAGGUGGUGCAGAUCGGCAGCAGCAUCUUCUACAAGGCCGUGGAGACCAUCCCGCCAGACCAAGAGCUGCUUGUCUGGUAUGGAAACACUCAGAACACGUUCCUGGGAAUCCCUGGAGUUCCCGGAACCGAAGAAGAACACCAGAAGAAAGGCAGAAAUGAUGACUCCCACCCCUGUGACGGCCCUUCCUCGUGCUCCCCCUCCUCCUCCUCCUCCUCCUCCGCCACCCCCUCUUCCUCCACGGGUCGGAUGCGCUGCGUCAUCUGCCACCGCGGCUUCAACUCCCGCAGCAACCUGCGCUCGCACAUGCGCAUCCACACUCUGGACAAGCCCUUCGUCUGUCGCUUCUGCAACCGGCGCUUCAGCCAGUCGUCCACUCUGCGCAACCACGUGCGCCUGCACACCGGCGAGCGGCCCUACAAGUGCCACGUGUGCCAGAGCGCGUACUCCCAGCUGGCGGGCCUCAGGGCGCACCAGAAGAGCGCACGGCACAAACCAGUGGCUGCCGGAGCCGAUGCGCCCUCCCAGGUGUCCCCUCCUCCCCCACAAAUGACAGCCGUACCUCACCAGAUGCCCCUGGUGCACCACAUCCCAACCAUGGUGCUAUGAUGACGGAAACACUGGAAGUACUGCCAGGCAGGACGACGUUGCACUUUAGAUUAGAGCCGAUUAGAGCAAAGGGUGCUCAGUGAAAGGAAAACACGAGUCGAGGUGACGGUGAAAGCAUUUCUCGCCUAAUUUGUUUUUGCGUGUUUCUUUUUGUCAGAAAUCAUGCUUUAAUUUUUGUGUUUUGGAAGAUGAAAGAAAGAGAGAAAAGACAACCCAUAUUUCGUUUUUAUAUCAUUUGUUAUCAAUGAUUCUGUGCGUAAUCCUUAAAUCUAAUUGAUAUGUUUGCAUCAAAUCCUCACCAGCUCAGGUGUAAAGUACCAUCACAGAUGUGUACAGUCAUGUGAAACUAAGGGGUGUACAUGGUUUCCGCUGCAUUGUUCCACACUGUAAACUAAAAUAGUCACUUUAACGUUGUACAGACUGGGUACUUUGGAGAGUUAGGUAAUUAUAUAAAAAAUGGAAUUGU